AUGGUGAGAUCUUUGGUCCCCUCCGCUCUCGCUCUCGAUAUGACGGCUCUCAAAGCAACACUAGAAAAACUAAGAAAACUCUAUCAACGAUGUAUAUAUGUAUGUAUUUAUCAUUGCAGGUAUCACUUGGGCAACUGUGCAGCAAGCUCCCACGACUCAACGGAACUUAACGAACUUGAAACUUUAAUCUUCCUCAAAUAUAAAACCAAACUACAAAUAAGUAGCAGAUCUACGUCUAUAUCUGUUGCUCUUUGUUCAUCCGCCGUAACAAGCUCUUGUACGUCUAUAAUCGUCAACUUGAUGGUUAUCAACUCAUGUGUGGAUUUAUAUCUUGCCAUCACGAGACGCUCGGUUAAAGAAGAGAAAAUGAAGUCGAUAGCUGUAUGA